UGUAAGUAACCACCCUCUAAUCGCGUGAAAGUGGUAUAGUCCUGUAACCUUUGGACCAUAGCCAGGCCAUCUUGGAAGCUGUUUUGCGAGCUCAUUCCCGCAAAGGAACUAGCAUUUUCAAGACCUUAACUGCAAAACUGGGGAACGUUAACAAGACACAGGAGAAGAUGUCCAAGAAGGGACCAUACCCACCCCAGCAGCCCUACCCCACCCAGAACCAGGCUGCCAUGGCUGCACAACCCCCACAGGUCCCCGGGGCACCGCCACCUUACAUGGCUCACCCACAGGCACAACAAGGCCCACCGCCGGCGUACACAUUCCAACAGCAGCAUCAGCAGCCCAUGCAGUACGCCAACGCGCCGCCGCCGCAGAUGUACGGUCAGCAGCCGGUGCAGGUGGCCAUGCAGGUGCCGUACUACGCACCUGGGAGCACCGUCCAUGCACAGGGCGCCUUCGACUCAGGGGCCAGAUUCGGGGCAGGAGCCACGCCUAACAUUCCUCCCCCUCCCCCAGGAGUGAUGCCUAACCAGGCCCAGAUCGCCGCCGCGCAGGGCGCCACAGUCGUAGCCACACAGCAGAAAUCCGACUUCUUCACGGGUGGAUCGGGAGGCGGAUACAGCCUGUUCUAAACCAGCCGCAGGGAAGGUUUUCUAACGAAGGAAGUGGUGAAGAAAAAUGGUGCAAUCUUGUAUACCUGCACCAUGUAAAAAGCUACUCUCUACAAGUACCCUGUACCAAUACACCUUGUAUUUCAAGGACAAAGACAUUAACUGCACGAUUUCUAUCUGCGUGUCAUACCCUGUGCAUUUCAGGCCAAUUCAUUUGUGAUACAAACUAGAUAAGGUGAUAUGCUUUUAAUCCAGCUUGUUUGCGUAAAACUUUGUUUGUGGCCAUCAGUGUACUAACUGUUAUUUCACUAUAUUUGGAAGUAAGUGCCACUUUCAUUGUCUUAAAAUCAAGUAAUAUACCAGAUGGAAUUCUCUCUUUUUUUUAGUGUGGAUGUAACGGAUGAAGUUUUGUUGAUGAAAGAUAGAGUAAAAGAUGACUGGGAACUGGAGAUGAUUUUUCUAUUGUACAUAAUCGUAAUAUGAUAUCAAUAACUUUUAUGAAACUGCACUGAAGGCUAGCAUAGAGGUGUAUAAACUAUGAUGUUAGUGCCUUUUUGGCAAUUCAUGUCUUUUUUCAUAUAAUUUCAUCCUGGAACAACUGAUGCUUGUUAGCAAAUUUUUAUCUUCUGAUUUCCAUUCCUGUUGAUUACACAAGGGCAUAAUUAGAUUGAAUGAUUGUGUUACUUCUAAGCCUGUUGUGGCUGUAUAUUGUACUCUUGUGAAUAUUUAUAUGACUCAUAAAUGUCUGACUGACAUGAAAA